GCCGUCACAUAAGUUUAUUUUUACCUCAUUGACUACCAUUUGGAUUUAGUUAUAUAAUCCACACUCUUCAUCAAUACUACAACUUGUGUUUGAGGUAGCCACUGCAUUUCUGCUUGUUUUCUCUGAACAUGGUAGUCACAAACACAAACCAGUUAGGGGAAACCAUUGAUUCCACUUAUGAUAGGAAAGCUGAAAAGAAAGCCUUUGAUGAUUCAAAAGCUGGUGUUAGAGGUCUUGUAGAGUCCGGAGUGACGAAGAUUCCUCGCAUGUUUCAUGCUGGCAAGCUGGAUGUCAUUGAAACCUCACCUAGUCACACCAAGUUGAGUAUCCCCAUCAUAGACCUCAAGGACAUACACUCUAAUCCAGCUCUGCAUACACAAGUAAUGGGCAAAAUUCGAAGUGCAUGCCAUGAGUGGGGAUUUUUCCAGGUGAUUAAUCAUGGAAUUCCAAUCAGUGUCUUGGAUGAGUUGAUUGAUGGAAUUCGUAGAUUUCAUGAACAAGAUGCUGAGGUAAGGAAAGAGUUCUAUACUCGAGAUUUGAAGAAAAAAGUUUUGUAUUACUCCAACAUUAGCUUGUACAGUGACCAACCUGUUAAUUGGAGAGAUACAUUUGGUUUUGGUGUUGCUCCUGAUCCAGCCAAGCCUGAAGAAAUACCAUCUGUAUGCAGGGACAUUGUCAUUGAAUAUUCAAAGAAAAUAAGGGAUUUGGGUUUUACAAUGUUUGAGUUAUUGUCAGAGGCUUUGGGACUUAAUCCUUCUUACCUUAAAGAAUUGAAUUGUGCUGAGGGACUUUUUAUUUUGGGUCACUACUAUCCAGCAUGCCCUGAACCUGAAUUAACUAUGGGCACUACCAAGCACACAGAUAGUAACUUCAUGACUUUACUUUUACAAGACCAACUUGGUGGUCUUCAAGUUCUUCAUCAGAAUCAAUGGGUCAAUGUUCCUCCUGUACAUGGAGCUCUGGUUGUAAACAUAGGAGAUCUUCUACAGCUUAUCACAAAUGACAAGUUUGUUAGUGUGUAUCACCGUGUCUUAUCACAAAACACAGGCCCAAGAAUAUCUGUAGCAAGCUUCUUUGUAAAUUCACAUGACCCAGUUGAGGGUACAUCAAAGGUGUAUGGUCCAAUUAAGGAACUGCUUUCAGAAGAAAACCCACCAAUCUACAGAGACACAACCUUGAAAGAGUUUUUGGCAUAUUAUUAUGCAAAGGGCCUUGAUGGAAAUUCUUCUUUGGACCCCUUCAGGGUGUGAAUCAAACAUGGGAAAGCACUCUUAAUUCUCUUGGAUCUGGCUGUAAUUCAUCUAAAUAAGAAGCCACUUUCUAGUUUUCCAGAAUGACCUUUGUAUAAACAGAAGCAACAAGUUCUCCAGAUUGAAAAUAAAUGAAUUAUCUAUGUUCACAUUUUCCAAAAGAAUAACUUUAUACUUUACG